AUGUCUGGUGGUCCCUUCUCCUGCUUCUAUAAACAGAGAAUACUCCUUCUCCUACUCUCCAACCUAGGUGUGGGUGUUCCUCUGUUCAUCAACAAGACAGUGGGGGACUCCGUGGAGCUGCUGGCAGGCUUAGAGAGGGGACAUUUCAUAUCAUUGCAGUGGAAGUAUAGAGGAAAGGAUAUUGUAGAAGUCAACUCAGAAGGUGUAUAUUCACCUGGAUCCCAGUUCGAGGGGAGACUAAAGAUGAACAACAAAAACUUUAGUUUAACGGUCAGAGAACUGCCACUGCAAGACUCAGGGGAUUUUCUAGUUACAGGCGAAGGGGACAAAGGUCAGAUUGGCGGUAGGACCAUCACUCUCAAGGUCAACGAGCCUAUAUCCAAGGUGGUGAUCCAGACAGACAUCAAGCUAUUGGCCAACCACUCCUGUACGGUGCGGCUGGUGUCCAACGUGUCCUGCUACUCCAACCUUACAUACACCUGGGAGAGAGACAACGAGAUGUACGGGGACGCCCAGCAGAUUCACUUCUCUCUCUCUCCUGCAGAGAGAGACAUCAGUGUAACGUGCAACGCCUCCAACCUAGUCAGUUGGAAAUCUGUCUUUGCGACAGUAAAGGGUGGUAAUGACAAAACCGCCCCAGAGAGAGACAAUUAG